CUCAGUGUAACCGAGCACGGGAUUGGUUUACGCACAGCGAAAACAGUCCCCGAAGUCUCAGGAAGAGUUUGUUUGGAGGCAGUAGAGAGUGACAGCUAGAAAAAAACGCAGAAAGGAAGGAGGAAAAUUUGCUCUGAUCACGCCAUUGCUAUUCGCCGAUGAAUACGACAACUUUAAGAAACUCUAUUAUCAUUCAAGCACAUUUGGAUUUAAGCUUUUCCAUUUGGAAGUUAUGAGCUAACCGGCUCAUUUGGAUGAUACAUCAUUUGCGCUUUGACGGAAUAACGUCCUUUGGGGAUUUUAACACAUAGGUUUGAUCUCUUUAUGUGGAGUGGAUGAGAGUGGAGCUCAAAGGAUAAAUACAUAAUAAAGAACCUAAAACCAUGUUAGGAAAUACGGGAAUCUAUGCGGCCAAGAAGCGCAAAAAGCCUGUGCAGAAAAUCCCUAAGCCUCCUCCCCCUGAGGGUAUUAAGUCGAACCCCUCCAAGCGCCACAGAGACCGUCUGAAUGGCGAACUGGACAAGCUGACCAACCUGCUGCCCUUCUCCGAGGAUGUCAGGGCGCGACUGGACAAGCUGUCCGUGCUCCGCCUCAGUGUGGGAUACCUGAAGGUCAAGAGCUUCUUCAAAGCCACCAUGAAGCCCAGCGUCGGUUGGCCAGGCCAGGGAGCAUUUGGAACAAAUGGACAGACCACCAGCAGCCUGGAUGGGGUCAGCUUCUCAGAGGGAGACCUGCUGCUUCAGGCGCUGAAUGGCUUUGUGAUGGUGGUCACUGCAGAGGGGUAUGUGUUCUACUCCUCGCCCACCAUCCAGGACUACCUGGGCUUUCACCAGUCUGACGUGGUCCACCAGAGCGUCUUUGAGCUGAUCCACACAGAUGACCGCGCCAUGUUCAGACGCCAGCUUCACUUCGCACUCAACCCCACCCAGACAGACUGCACCGAGGCAUCCGACAGUAUGCAGAGCAGCAGUGAAGUCACCAGCAACCUGAUGACCUACAACCCGCUGCACAUCCCCCCAGAGAAUUCCUCCUUCCUGGAACGGAGCUUCUGCUGCCGCUUCCGUUGUCUUCUGGACAACUCCUCGGGCUUCCUGGCUCUGAACUUCCAAGGUCAUCUGAAGUACCUGCAUGGGCAGAACAAGAUGGCGGAGGACGGCACCAUGUCCCACCCACAGCUGGCGCUCUUUGUCAUAGCAACGCCCCUGCAGCCACCGUCCAUCCUGGAGAUCCGUAGCAAGACGCUCAUCUUCCAGACCAAGCACAAGCUGGACUUCACGCCCAUGGGUGUCGACACCAGGGGAAAGGUUGUCUUGGGCUACACGGAGUUGGAACUCUGCAUGCGUGGCUCGGGCUACCAGUUUAUCCACGCCGCCGACAUGAUGUACUGUGCAGACAACCACCUGAGGAUGAUGAAGACGGGGGAGAGUGGCUUAACAGUGUUCCGGCUCCUGACCAAAGGGGGCUCCUGGUUGUGGGUCCAGGCCAACGCCAGACUCAUCUACAAGCAAGGAAGACCGGAAUUCAUUGUGGCUCGCCAGAGGGCCCUGACAAAUGAGGAGGGUGAAGAGCAUCUGCGCCAGAGGAAGAUCCAGCUUCCUUUCAACUUUGCGACGGGGGAGGCCCUCCUGUACGAAGACGCCGUCUCCGUGGCCUCCAUCCCCAGUCAGCCCACCAAAGAGCCGCUGAAGCUGCCCAAGUCCGCCGAGCAGAUUAACGUCGACCCCAACUCCCUGCUGGGCUCCAUGCUCAAGCAGGACCAGAUGUUGUAUGGCCCGGGCAGCACCAAUGACAACGGCAGCAGCGACGCCAAUGUCCAGUUCCCUCCGAUGCCCAUGGAGGUGUCCAUGGAUUUGCCCAUGGACCAGGUCUUCCUGGACAGCCACGCGCUGAUGACCAUGCCUGGCGGGGACCCCUGGCAGCACUCACAGGCCACCGCUGCCACCACACCGACCGUGGGAUCGGUCAAGUCGGAGACAAGUGUGAAGGACAUGGUGGAGACCCUGCAGCAGAUCAUCGCGGACGCCAGCAUGUGCCCGGAGCUGCAGCUGGACAUAGACGUGGGCGAUCUUGAGCUGAAGGAGUGGGAGAGCACGCUGCUGCGCAUGAACAUGACCACCAGCGAGAGCGCCGUCCAGCUCAACGACAUCCUCACCAACGACAUCUUCUCGUACGUGGAGGGCCUGUUUGAGGAGAACGGCCUGCAGAUGCCCGCCUCGGGCCAGGGCGGCUUCGGGGACGUACACCCCGACUGCCUGCCAGUGCUGGAGCUGCAGACCUCCAUCAUGGCGGCUGCAGGACAGGUCUUCGACCUGCCGGGGGCUCCACCACCACAGCCACCGCCGACAUUCAAUGAUGCCCAGCCGCAGGGCAACCUCCUGGGCAUGGGCCUCCAGAACAACACGCCCAUAGGAGGGGCACUGCGGGGCACCAUGAAGCUCACACACAUUGGCCCUGAGAUGACGCUGGCACAGUCAGUGCCCACUGGUAGCCUCUCUAACCAGGCUCUACAGCAGAGGGUCCUGGGGAACGGAGCUGACCUCCAAGGGUUCAACCCCGCCGCUCUGGCCGGACAGUACAACCAUUGCCAGGGCCAGGGUCAGCUACAGCAAGGUCGCCUGGGCAAUGGCCCCCAGCAGAACAGCAGGGCGUCUGUGCCCCAGCGGCGGAUUCUGACUGACCAGCAAGAGAUGCUUGGCCAGGUGCACCCCAAUGCGAUGAUGGUGCCCGCCAUGCCAAACCACAACACCAUGCCCACAGCUGCAACCCUGCCGUCCCAGCCAAUGGCCUUUCAGAAGCCUCUCAACCCACCAAAUGGCCAGGAUGGCUCUUGGGUCUCGUCCCUGCCCAGCUCCGCCAUGGCAGACGGCAUGCUGGGAGGGCGCGCCCAGAGGAUUCCAAACCAGAUGGACAUGUCGCUGACCAACUCGCCUGCCGCCUGUCUGCAGGGACGCUUCGCUCUGCACACCCAGCCCGGCCAGAACCCGUGGCCUCUCCAGCAGCAACAGCAGCAGAACCACCUGCAGCAGAGCCAGCAGCUGCAGAGCCAGCAGCAGCAGCUUCCCAACCCCCUGUCCAAUGGACACCAGCACUUGUCUAACUGCUACGGUCAGACGGCAAAUUUCCAAAGAGACGCCAUCUCGCAGCUUCUCCCCCAGAACACUCCGACCUUCGGGGCGGCCUUCCGAGCCCCGAACCCCGCCGCCACCCCUCAGCCGGGGUCAAUGGGCGUCCCUCACCUACCUAAAAACAGCUGCAUGUUCGACAGCUCGCCCCCAGCCGCUGCCCUUGCCCAGACCAACCUUGCUGCGUCCGCCCCAUCUGCCCUGGCGAACGGCGUCGGCUACAACCACCGUCGGCCGGACGUCUCGCUGGCAGGCCACAACAUGAAGGCCCUGCUCAACCACAGCCUGCCCCAGCAGCAGGCCACCUGUUUCUACCCGCAGAGCACCACCGACGCCCUGGGCACUGCCACCACCAACGUCGCUGUGCCCGCCCUCAACCACAUCACCCCACAGGACACUCUCAACCCCCUGGAGACCCUGAUGGCACCGCCACGGCCGUUCCUCAACUGCAACGGCCAGACACCGAUCACCAACCCUCUGAUACAGGACAAUGGUUCCUUCCAGUUCCCUAACAUGGUCAAUGAAACCACAUACUUCACAGAGAACAGUCAGGCCACCUGCUGUGAUUUCUAGAAUGCACAGACAGACAGACACCCAUUUGCCUUUUGGUCUGUCAUGAAAACGAACGCUGUGAGACCUGACGAAGCAGCACUCUUCUCUAAAGAAAACUGAGUCCAGACUGACUAAAAGAAAAAAAACAAAUGACAACAGGUUCACAAAUGCCUUCUGAGAUUCUCUCUACGUGCCUUCCUGUGGAGAUGUGACAGCGACUCCUUUUUUUGUUUUUGUUUUUUUCCCUCGCAUCAGCCGCAGCUCAAAAUGUACAAAUGAGGACCUUGCAUGACGUCAGUCAGACACUUUGAUUUUGCUUGUUUGUUUGUUUGUUUGUUUUUGUUUGUUUAAAAAUGCAAAUGGAUUUGAAAUGGAAGCAGCAGCAGGACUGUCACUGGAGAACCCGGGGGCUGCUCUUCGGUGGAAAAGAAAAGACACCAGGAAGGUGCAAAAGAAAAUAUUUAUUUUGUUUUGUUUUGCGUUCUAUCCAAUUUUUUUUUUUUUUUUUCUUUGUCACUCUUGAUUUUAGUAUGCCGUGUGUGUGUGUGCGUUUUACAGCCACAGGAAAUAAGUGUGUGUGUGUGUGUGUGUGUGUGUGUGUGUGUGUGGUAGGUUUGCUACCUGUGAUCUCUUUAAUGAAGUAAGCAUGCAGAAGGCAGAGGGAGACACACACAAACAAACACACACACACACACACACACACACACACACACACACACACACACACACACACACACACCAGAGAUGUACCGCAGGUCAUCUCUGGGCCCAGACGCAUGUAGAGUUGUGGAGAACCUGGGUGGUGGCAAAGUUCAAAGGGGGGUCAGGAAGUCAUCCGAAUCUGGUGUGAGAGUGAGUUGAAGUUUCCAUGCCAUAGCCAUAGCUGCCAUACAUCUCUCUGGCACAGUCAGUGCCCACUGGUAGCCCCCCCACCCAGGCUCUGCCACAGAAAUGGGGGCAACCUCCAGGGUUCCAACCCCACUGCCCUGGGAACACAGUACAGCCAUCCCCAGGCUUUGGAGCCUUGGCCAUCUGUGGCUGGGGGCUCCUUGGUAACAACCCCCAGCAGAACAGUAGGGCAUCAGGGGCAAGGGGCCGCUCAGCGCCGAUACUGCCCCAGCAUCCCCUACUCCCCCAGGCCUCUCUCACUGCCCCCCCCCAAACUGCUAGCCAAACUGCAUUAUGUUAUAAUAUAUCACAAUUGUAACAAGGUAUGUUAAUCAGAUUGUUAAUGGAUAACAUUUAUUCACUUUGCUUUGUGCUGUUUUGUUUCGCUUUAUGAAUGUUUCUUUUAUAUUUUUUAUAAGCAUUUAAUCAAAAAUAUCAGAUACGUCAAUGAGCCAUUUUUCUCUUCCUCUGUCUCAGGCUUCUUCUUCUAACUGCCUUCUCUCUCUCUCUCUGUCCCUCUCUCUGUUUAUCUCUCUUAUUCUCUCUCUCUGUUUUAAACUUGUGAUUCUGUUGGACCCCCCCCCCACACACACACACACACUUUUGCCCCCACCAGGCUGUCAGUGUGAUCUCUGCAUCCCUGAACAGACUUGGGGAGUAUUCCAAGUAUGUGGUUUAGUGACCCAGGUAAGUUAACUCAGAGUAAAUGGUAAACCUUCUACAACAAGAGGCCUAUGGCAUUGUUUUGUUAGGAGGAUGAAGCCAUACAGCUCUUCCAUUAGGAGGUUUACUACUUACUUUGAGUUGUAAUUUACCCAAGUUUGUCACUAAACUACACACUUGGAAUACCCCCCGGUGUCUAGCGCAGGAGAGUAGAGGAAUUGGUAGAGAGGAGAGUUCCAAAAUGAAAUGAACUUAGUAAAACAUGCAGAUGGCCUCUUAUGGGAAAGACAGCAGGUGGUCGUAGCACUGAGAUGAUUGGCUUAUAGUAACCAAUCACCCUCUUGCUCCUUUGUUUGUUGUUUUGUUGUUGUUGUUGAUGAUGUUGUUGUUAUUUCUUUUUCUUUUUCCCUUCUUUCCUUCAAAUGUGUGUUUGUAUGUUUCUAUACCAGAAUGGAGAUUGUAUUAUAGAGUAAGUUGUUGAAGCUUAGCAUGUCCACUCUUCUCUGCGUGAGACUUCCUGGUCCUUGUCUAGCACGGCAAUUCUGAUUGGUUUCCGUCUGACUGUCAACAAGGAGUAGGAGGUGGUUAACCAGAGGCAAGAGAGUGGAUUGGCAGACCCUAUGUGCCUUCAAUUCACAUUUCACCAGAGUGUAGCUUUUGUAUAUUCCAAAAAAACAAAAACAAAUAGGACUGUUCUAAUUACUCAUGAACCUUGCUUUUCUGUUAUUGAAAUGUAAAUAAAGCAAAACAAUGUAUGUAAAAUA